GUAUGUGUAAACACUUGAAAAUAUUACACUUAUAAAGCACAUAUAAAUCAUGGAUAAGAAGAAAAAACAGUAUAAAGUAACAGCUUCAUCGCUGGUUGAUUUGAAAGCAGAGCUUUAUCGGAAGCAGGAGGCGUUUAAGCAAGAGCGACUUGGUCAAGAUGCAGGAACUGCUGUCAAAUCACACACCACCAACAAGAAGCCAAACAUAUGGAGUAAACCGAACCAAGGGGUGAAUGAACGAGCUCAAAAGGAUGUUGAGAAAACUGCAGAGGAGGAACAAAAAUUGGACAAAUCAAGACAAAAGCUGGAGGAGAAAGCACGACUUUAUGAACAAAUGACAAAAGGAGAUUUUCCAGAUGAGGAGACUGAAAGCCUUUACUUGGUUGAUUUUACUCAAAAGCUAAUAGAGCAGAAGAAAGUGUCACAGAGAAGAGAAGCUGAAAUCGGAGACAGGGACGGAGAAUGCUCCGACAUGCAGGUCCCAAUUCCACCUCCACAGAAUGCUAACGAAGAAUGGGUGGAUUAUGUUGAUGCUCUGGGUAGAUCAAGGAAAUGUUUAAAAAGGGAUCUGCCAGAGUUUCAGAAGAUGGACGAGGAUUUAAAGAACAAAAGAGUGCUUGGAGCUGAUCGGACUCUGUUGUCUGAAGACAUGAGGCGAGAAAUGCAGAGAGAAAAGUGGGAAAUGGAGGAAGAGGAGGAAAUGAAGAAGCCAGUGGGACCCAUUCAUUAUGAAAAUAUUCGAGAUCAAGAGGCCAGAGAGCUAGGUGUCGGAUAUUUUGCUUUUUCUCAGGAUGCAGAACAACGCAAAAAGCAAAGGGACACUCUGGAUAUGCUGAGAGACCAGACCACGGAGCAACGUGUAAAGCGAGAGCAGCUGAAGGACAAGAGAAAAGCUUUGCUCGAGGCUAGACUGGCUAAAGUGAGAAUGAGAAAAAUGAAAAAAAGCAAAUUGGAGCCUGGAGCUGAAGAGGAUGAAGCUCCUGCUGCUGAUGAAGCUGGUAAUGAGGAUGAGAAUAAGACUGAGGAGCUGAUUGGACCACCUCCUCCAGCAGCUGCUGUUAAAAAGGUGGAGGUUGAAAUUCAAGAAAGGAAAGACACCAGACCUGGAGUUCCUCACGUCAGAGAGUGGGACAGAGGCAAAGAGUUCACCUGGGGACAGUGGACGAGUCGUCGUAGGGACGAACGGGAUGAUGAGUUCGCCCCGCCGUCUUUAUAUUUUUCAGAUGAGAGAAGAACCAAUCCUGGUAAAUCAGUAAAGGAGGGUCGUAGCAAAGGAAAACAUGACUUCAAAUGGUCUGAGACACAGAGUGGUUCAAAUCAAAAUGCCUCGCAGCACACUGACAUGCCUUUCACAACCCAGUCCACAUCCACACGUCCUCAACAAGCAUCACAACCACCGCCUGCUCAGACACAAACUCUUGAUGACCUCUUAUCCUUCUACAAAAACUCCGUUUGAACUUUAAUGAUCUUGUAGGACCACGGUUUGUUUUUAAUUCUGAAUAGUUUCUCAGUUGUAUUUGUUUAUCUAAUUUAAUGGACCAUUAAAUCUUAAACCAUUAAUAAAAAUAGCAAUGUUGUGUUUCAGCAGCAGGCUGAAAUUUGUUUAAAUGUUGUUUGAUGGCCGAAGCCCUGCGAUGGUUUGCCAGGGCAAUGGAUUGCCAGGAUUGUCCAGAGUAUUCUUGUCUUGAAACCAGACCCACUGCAACUCUGGCCAGAAUUAAGCAUUUGAAUAAAUGAAAUUGAAAGCA